GCCACUAUUCCCUUUGUAGUUUACCAUUUUGUGGUAUGUGCUUAAAAGUAAAGUGUGACAUACUUGGCCGCACGAGUAGGAAUAGGGCAGGGCAGACGACAGGGGUACCUUGUGAGUAACCUGGACGUUCAACCCAUACUAGCACCGGAUGCACACAAAAAUGGCAUAACUCGCUUUAUGAUUUCACGAUAAGAGAUACGAUACAAUUCCCUAUUAUGUACGGAGUACUGCCUGCUAUUGGUGCAAGGUCGACUGGCGAGCUGGGGGGGGUUCUUGUGAAUUGGGGUGUUGGUUGCUUUUGUGCGCGAUAAAUCCGUAACACUGUGUUAAACAGUAUUGCUGUGAGGAAUUGCUAGAUAGUGUGCGGUAGAUUUACGUGUUAGUACAACGAGCCCUAAGAUAGGGUUAUUCGUCUCUACUAAAUUUGGCUGUGCAAGCAAGCGCCUACCGCAGUUAUGCGAGACAUGGAAAUGGGCGACGUGAAAACCUCAGAUGGGGCUGCGACCGUUGCUACCACUUCGUCAGGCGGAGAGACGAUAGACACACCCGAGGCGCGCGACUCUUUCUCCCAAAAAGAACCUGCUGUGGGCAUGACCCCUAGAGACUCUACCUCAGCCGCGACAGAACGGCCAACAAGCGCAAGCAGCGAGCCGCAGUAUCCAGAGGGCCUCAAACUCAUUACUAUUAUACUAGCGCUGUGUUUGGCUGUGUUUUUGGUGGCACUGGAUCAGACAAUUAUUUCUACUGCUAUUCCGAAGAUUACGGAUCAUUUUCGGAGUACGGGGGACAUUGGUUGGUGAGUGCGUUGACGUUGUGUGUUGGGCAAUGGAUUGGUGUCUUUGAGGUGUAUAUGAGUGAUUGUUGACGUCUGUAGGUAUGGGUCGAGCUACUUACUCACGAAAGCUGCGUUGCAGCCUAGUUUUGGAAGGAUAUACUCUACCUUCAGUGUGCGCACCGCGUUUCCCAAAUAGAGAACCGGUUGUUGGCUAACGAAUUGGUAGAUCAAAUAUACGUUCCUGGCUGCCAUUGCCAUCUUCGAGCUUGGGUAAGUAUUCAGCACCUGCGCUAUCAGUCCCACGUACUAACAGAUCAACACACAGCUCCCUAAUAUGCGCUACGGCAACCAGCAGCAAUACCCUGAUCGUUGGCCGAGCCAUCGCUGGAGCAGGCGUGGGAGGUCUGUUUACGGGUUCAAUUAUUAUUGUUGUGUAUAGUUGUAAGUUCUAGCUUGCUUCAACUCCCCACUCAUACAAGUGCUUCUCAAGACAUGCAGAACUGACUUGAGAAGUACCGCUGCGCAAGAGGCCGCUGGCCAUGGGUAUCAUCAGUAGCAUGUGGGGAAUAGCAUCAGUCGCCGGACCAUUACUCGGCGGCGUCUUUACGUAAGUCUCCCAUUUACAGAUAGACCACCUAUAAAACCACUAACCUUCUCUAACAGCGAUAAACUUUCCUGGCGCUGGUGCUUCUACAUCAAGUGAGGAUAUCAACAACCCCUCCCCCAAGUCCAGAACCUCAACAAACACCAGCUAACUCCCCUCCCCCCCACAGCCUCCCCAUCGGAGCCUUCUGCAUCGCUGUAAUAUCUCUCAUCCUUCACAUCAACCGCCCCAAUAACCCCUCCUCCCUAACCCUCAAACAACGCAUCUUAAAACUUGAUCUCCUCGGCACCUCCCUAUUCAUCCCCGCCAUAGUCUGCCUCCUCCUCCCUCUCCAAUGGGGCGGCUCCACUUAUCCUUGGAACAGCGGCCACAUUAUCGGCCUCUUCGUCACCUCGGGGUGUCUCACCCUCCUAUUCAUCUACACCCAGAUCCGGCUCGGCGAGGCCGGGACACUCCCUCCAUACCUUUUCCAAAACCGGAAUACCGUAUGCGCAUUUGCAUUCUCGGCGUUUUUUGGCGCCGGGUUUUUUAGUCUAUCGUACUACCUCCCUGUGUAUUUUCAAAGUAUCAAAGGCUCCUCGGCCCUGCACGCAGGAAUCCAAAUGCUACCCCUGCUAAUUGCAUGCACGAUAAGUUCAACCGGAACUGGGGCGCUGAUCUCAGCACUAGGGUACUACACCCCCAUCAUGAUCAUCUGCAUGGUGUUAUUUGCCAUAGGCUCCGGGCUACUGACCACGCUCUCGGUCACAACGUCGUAUGCGCGUAACGCGGGAUUCCAAGUUCUUACAGGUCUGGGCGUGGGUGUGGGGUUCGAGAGCGGUAUUAUUGUAGCGCAGACGGUGAUGCCAAUUAAGCGGAUUCCGGUGGCGAUAUCGUGUGUUUCGUUGUUUAUGACGCUGGGUGGAGCGGUCUUUGUGCCGGUUUCGCAGACGCUGUUUCAGAAUAGGUUGGUAGGGGGAAUUGAGGAAAGGGCCCCGGGGUUGGAUGCGAGGGCGUUUUUGGAUAGUGGGGUUACAGAGAUUAGGGUGUUAUUGAAAACAUGGGGGCAGGAGGGGCAACUGGAGAAGGUAUUGGAGGCGUACGUGGAGGGGUUGAGGGCGACAUUUUGGGUUUCAGCGGCUUGUGCUAUUGGGGGUUUUCUGGCGGUCUGUGGAUUGGACUGGAGGAGUGUAAGGAAGGAGAAGAAGGAGGGGGGGCAUUGACCUAGUGGGAUUGGAAUGGUGAAAAUUGUAUGUGCCGUGAUAGAUGGGAAGUUUGUGUAUGGAACAAAAAAGAUGAUGUAAACAAAAUUGAUAGAAGGCAAAGGACAAGAUAUUAUAAAACAAAAGAGCUUACAACGUUUGGAAAGUUAGACAAUGAUUGUAUAGUUUGCCCUAACCUACUUUUGUAGGCAUAUGUUACGAUAAUAUGACGUUCGUCGUAAC